AUGGCCAUCGCAGCUUCACUUUGCGGUGAUGCGAAUGAGCAGGAGAGUAGUAUCAUCGAUAUCGAUGAGAUCCAGGCCCAUGGUAUCUCUGCCUCGGACAUCGCGAAAUUGAGAUCCAACCUCAUCCAUACCGUUGGAACUCUUAUUAAUACGCCCAUCCGAAGAUUGGUCAAAAUCAAAGGUUUCUCCGACAUUAAAGCCGAGAAAGUCAAGGAAGCUGCAAAGAAAGUAGCCGGCCCCAACACUGGUGGUCAAUUCGUCACUGCCGCUGAGCAUGGCCACUUCCGAAAGAAGUGUAUCAGAAUUUCUACUGGUAGCAAGCAGUUGGAUGCUUGUUUGAACGGUGGCUUCCAAACUAUGAGUAUCAGCGAGGUAUACGGGGAGUUCAGAUGUGGCAAGACUCAAUUAGCACAUACAAUGGCAGUCAUUGCCCAGCUUCCUAAGGAGAUGGGCGGAGCCGAGGGAAAGGUUGCCUAUAUCGGUAGGAAGACAAUAGCUUGCGAAGUUAAGAAUUGUGGUGAACAUCUGCUAAGACUUGACUGGACAGAUACUGAAGGCACAUUCCGUCCAGAAAGAAUUUCGGAAAUUGCAGAGCGAUUCGGUGUCGACCCUGAUCAAACUCUCGAAAAUAUCGUUUAUGCUCGUGCACAUAAUACUGAGAUGCAGCAGGAAUUGCUCGAGGGUCUUGCCCAAAACUUCGCAACUGAUGAAUAUCGUCUCCUCAUCAUUGAUAGCAUUAUGGCUCUCUAUCGUAGUGACUUUAUCGGACGUGGUGAACUUUCCGAACGACAAGGUGCCCUCAACGCCUUUCUGCGUAAGGCAACACAAAUGGCGGAAGAAUUCAAUCUGGUUGUCUUCAUGACCAAUCAAGUCAUGUCGGAUCCAGGUGCCAGUGCCCUUUUUGCAGGAGCUGAUGGACGUAAGCCUGCUGGAGGACAUAUACUUGCACAUGCAUCGACAACCAGAAUCCUCUUGAGAAAGGGCCGUGGAGAGGAACGUGUUGCCAAAGUCGUAGAUUCUCCUGAUUGCCCGGAACGUGAAGCAACAUAUAUUAUUACAACCGGCGGUAUCAACGAUCCUGAAAAGGCCUAA